AUGGAGAAGCGGGAGGGCGAGCGUGGCGUCGUUCGCAGGGAAGCCGGCGAGAAAUGGCGGAGGUGGUCGGAGGGGAUGAGCCCGGAGGUUCUGGCAUUGAUAUUCUCGCGGUUGCCUGCCGACGAGCUGCUCCGCGCCGUGCCAUUCGUUUGCAAGUCAUGGCACGAGGCUGUGGCCGGGCCUUACUGCUGGUCUGAGAUCGAAAUCGAGGCUUGGUGCCGCCGUGUGAACCGCACCGACGUCAUCGACUUCGCGGUGAGGAAGCUCGUUCGCCGGAGCAGUGGCACCCUCCGGCGCCUCUCGGCCUACCGCAUCGGUGACUCCGGCUUUGCUUAUGCCGCCUCUUUCGGAAAGUUGCUCAAUGUCCUUCGGAUUCCAGUGAGUGAAAUGUCAAGUGUAACAGUGGAGAAGUACGCCGGAUCCCUUUCUUUGCUGACUGUUCUGGACAUCAGUUACUGCCUGAACCUCAAUGCCAGCAGCAUCAAGGUGUUUGGUAAUAACUGCAGGUGCCUUACUCAUCUAAGGAGGAACAUGCCACCUCCAGAGGUUGAGUUAAACCAGGGCAACCAUGUAGUUUCCAGAGAAGAUGAAGAAGAGGCACUUGCUGUGGCAAAUACAAUGCCUAAGCUAGAACAACUUGAGUUAGCAUUUGGCCGUUUCAGCGAUCAUGGACUCGAUGCCAUUCUUACCAAGUGCAAGGCUCUUCAGAAGCUUGAUAUCCGUGGUUGCUGGAAUGUGAGGUUGGAUGGUGAUGUUGGGUUGAGGUGUGAUUCUAUUAGGAGCUUCAGGGACCCUUGGGAGGAUGAAUACGCUGCUGUAGAUGCCAAUGGCGAUGACGAUGAGAGUUCAUCACUCGACUUCAACUUCACUGAUGAUUCCGGUGAUGAUUAACAUACUGCUGCUGUUUGUUUUGGUUUGUUAGUUUGCUGAAUGACAUUCAAUCAAGGUAUAUACUUGUGCCUUUGAUUUCAAGUCAACAUUGAUACACAGAGCUUUUGGUAUUUAUACAUGUAAAUGCUCCUUUACAGCAGCCUAAACAUUAAACUGGCUCUUUACUACAAGUGUUUUUAGUUUAAAUUUGAACAUGAACUUGAAUAUGAAUUAGAUCAUGAACCUUUUAUUA